AUGCAGACAGGUUUUCUCAAGUCUUCACCAAAAAUAAUUCUCCGCUUUACCGACUAUAAUUCACCCUUCCUCGGCCCGUCUCCAACAGUGCCAACCGCCACUACCGCCUCUCCGUCGUCUUCUCUCCAACAACCUCAAACAUGGAUAUGUUUUUCCUGCUCUUACUCUAACUUUGCUUCGACACCUAAAUGUGAACUCUGCGGUGUUAAACGUCCUGAUGCAUUGACAUCAAGUUCUUCCACUUCACUCUCCCAAACCCAAAUCUCUCCAACUCCCAUACUAGGAGAACACUCUCCAACCGCCUCACUUGGCGAGGUAACUUCUUCUCCAACGUUGCAACCUGUAGUUACAUCAGAAGGAAUCUCAUGCCCAAGAUGCACAUUUUCGAAUCAUCCGAGUAUGGUGUGGUGUGAACUGUGUGGCAUGGAGUUGGGCACAUUCAAGAUUGAUGGGAUGGAGUUGAGUGAUGAUGGAAACGUUGAGAAAACGGAACGGGCACAACAUGUAAAGUUAGCUUUUAGAAAUGGUGGGAGUGCUUCCUUUAACAACAAGUUGAAGUCUGCAAUGACAGACAGAGAGUGGGAGAAAAUCACCGAACCUAUUUCCGUAAAUCCUCAAACAGACUUUGAUCCUGUUCGCGGGGGAAUAAGUGGAAUAAUGAAGAAUGUAGCCCAAAACCAAGAAGAACAGAAGGAGACCCUCGAUCAAGCGUUUAAGGACCUAGACGCACUGAUGGCAAAAGCUUCUGAUAUGGUUAAACUAGCUCAAUCGAUAAAAAUGAAACUAAACAAAGAUUCUAGUGAAUCUGAGGUAUCCGCUGACGAUGAUUCAACGUUUAGCACCUACUUAUUAGAACUUGGAAUGUCGAAUCCAGUAACAAAAAAAGAUUCCGGCUCAAUAUACCAUCAAGAACUUGCCCGUCAAUUAGCUGAAUUUCUCUCUGCCCUUCUCCACAAGCAUAAAGGCAUGAUGGUUCUCACUGAUGUCUAUUGUCUUUUCAAUCGUGCUCGGGGAGUAGCGUUGAUUUCCCCAGAUGAUCUUUACAAAGCAUGUUCGUUAUUUGAGCGAUUGGAUCUACCCAUGCGAUUACAUCAGCUUGCAAGUGGAUUGCUGGUCGUGCAAGCAGCGGAUCAUAAUGAUGACGUUAUAGCAAAGAGGGUGUUGGAAUAUAUCAGGCAAAAAGGUUCAUUGACGGCUAUUGAGCUCGCUGCUAUUGAGAAUGCAAGUAUUGCGCUUGUUAGUGAACAGUUACAGAUGACAGUUUCUAAAGGUCUCAUUUGUAUAGAUGAAACCGUUGAAGGAGUGAGGUUUUAUGAGAAUAUUAUAAUAAAUUAUCAAUGGGAUCAACAAGCUUUACAAUAG